AUGAUGGUUUGCCAAGACACACCAGAGGAGACUAACGUCACAGAUACGAUGGGUUGCCAAGAAACACUGGAGGAGACUAAUGUCACAGAUGCGGUGGGUUGCCAAGAACCACCGAGUGAGACUAACGUCACAGAAGAGGCGCAUUCAGAUUCAGAGAAGUAUCAUCAACAACAACAACACACGAGAAAAGCAAGAUCUUCAUCAGACAACUCUUGCUUUGCAGCUCGUGUCACAGAGUCAAACCUAAGAAAAGAUUCACUGUUUCUUCCAGUACACUUUUCAAGGUCUAAUGGUUUGGUGAAUCGUAAAGGCGAGAUCAUUCUCUUGAAUGAAGAAGGGAAACCAUGGACAUUGUUUCUGAAAUACUACAAAACAAGUGGUUAUGUUUACAUCAGAAACGGCUGGAGAAGUUUCUGUCAAGCUAACGGGAAAAGAGUCAACGAUGUAUUGACUUUCAAACUUGUGAAAACAGGGACAAAACCUGUUCUCCAGUUGCGUGCGUCCGGGUACUACAACCGAGAUUGUCUCCGAGUUUCUUCAUCUCCAACAAGCCAAGACAGAUUCUUGACACUAACUCUCACACCAUACAAUCUCAAGAGCUAUAAAAUGUGUCUACCGGUGCCGUUUGUGAAGGCGAAUGGAAUCAAGAGCGUAAGGAAGAUAACCCUUGUUGAUAGAUACGGUGUACGAAGUUCAACGAGUCUUAAACCUGAGGAUGAAUAUGGAAGAAUGAGAUUAGGAAAAGAGUGGAUAAAGUUUUGUGAAGAUAACGGAGUGAAAGCUGGUGAGUCUUUUCGGCUAGAACUCAUCAAAGAGGAAGAGACAGAUAAUCAUCUACUUAAGUUCUGUUACACCGUAAUAUAUUCGCUCUGA